UACAACCAUACAGAAAAAGGAAAAUAAAGCAACGCACGAGCCCGCUGGGCCAGCACGGUGGGGCUGGGCUGGAGUGAAGGUGGCUACGAGCCCACAUGCUGGGAUGGCAGAAGAUGAGCCAGAUGCUAAGAGCCCCAAGACUGGGGGAAGGGCCCCUCCAGAUUGCGCCGAGGCUGGGGAACCUACCACUCUUCUUCAAAGGCUCCGAGGUACCAUUUCCAAGGCCGUGCAGAACAAAGUAGAGGGGAUCCUGCAAGAUGUACAGAAAUUCUCAGACAACGACAAGCUGUAUCUCUACCUUCAGCUCCCCUCGGGGCCCAGCACUGCAGACAAGAGCUCAGAGCCAAGCACACUUAGCAGCGAGGAGUACAUGUACGCCUACCGGUGGAUCCGCAACCACCUCGAAGAGCACACCGACACCUGUCUGCCAAAGCAAAGUGUCUACGAUGCCUAUCGGAAGUACUGUGAGAGCCUCGCCUGUUGCCGCCCACUCAGCACAGCCAACUUUGGCAAAAUCAUCAGGGAGAUCUUUCCUGACAUCAAGGCCCGAAGGCUUGGUGGCCGGGGCCAGUCUAAAUACUGCUACAGUGGCAUACGGAGGAAGACCUUGGUGUCUAUGCCACCACUGCCCGGACUUGAUCUAAAAGGUUCAGAGAGUCCAGAAAUGGGCCCAGAAGUGACCCCAGCACCUCGGGACGAACUGGUAGAGGCAGCCUGCGCCCUGACCUGUGACUGGGCAGAGCGAAUCCUGAAACGCUCCUUCAGUUCCAUCGUUGAGGUUGCCCGCUUCCUGCUGCAGCAGCAUCUUAUCUCUGCCCGGUCUGCGCACGCCCAUGUGCUCAAGGCCAUGGGGCUUGCUGAAGAGGACGAACACGCCCCUCGGGAGCGGUCAUCAAAGUCCAAGAACGGUGUCGGUGUCGAGAACCUAGAGGGCGGAGCCCAUAAGAAAUCAGAGAGACCAUCCCAGCCUCCAAAGGAGCAGGAAGCCCGGGCUGGGGCUAGCACUCCAGCACGGGGAGAGCGGAAGAAGAGUGUAGUUGAGAGCUCGGCUCCCGCAGCGAAUAACCCACAGGUUAAUGCUCUAGUGGCCCGGCUGCCUCUGCUCCUCCCCCGAGCCCCUCGCUCCCUUAUUCCACCAAUCCAAGUCUCUUCACCCAUCCUGGCCCCCAAGCUCCCUUCAGGUGCCCUAAAAGUGGCUACACUGCCUCUGCCAAGUAGGGCAGGGGGGCCCCCAGCAGCCGUGCCCAUCAUUAACAUGAUCUUACCUACUGUUCCUGCUUUGCCUGGGCCUGGGCCUGGACCAGGGCCUGGACCGGGACGAGCGCCUCCUGGCGGCCCUACUCAGCUCCGGGGCACAGAGAACAGGGAGCUAAGCAUAGGUGGUGACCUAACACCCCAUGACAAGGGCAUCAAGAGGACAGCUGAAGUACCUGUGAUCGAGGCCAGUGGGCAGGACCCACCAGCCAAAGCAGCGAAGCCAGAUACCGAAGACACAGCGAGUGAUGCCAAAAGAAAACGGGGGCGCCCUCGAAAAAAAUCAGGUGGAAAUGGGGAAAGGAAUUCUGCAUCUGAGAAAUCAGCAGCAGCCACGGACUCCACCCAGUCCUCAAGGUUACCAUGGGAGACAUGGGGCUCUGCAGAGAAAAGCUCCUCAGCUGGAGGGGCAGAGACGCCAGGGCCUCUGGGAGAGACUGAGAAGGGAGCAGUGCUUGCUCAAGGUCGGGAAGACGGUGUUGUUUCCAAAGGAGGAAAGGGCCCUAGUUCCCGGCAUGCCAAAGAAGCAGAAGAUAAAAUUCCUCUUGUCACCCCAAAAGUGAGUGUCAUCAAAGGCUGUAGAAGCCAAAAGGAGGCUCUUCAGUUGGUAAAGGGAGAGUUAGACACUGCAGCACAGGGUAAUAAAGACUUAAAGGAGCACGUGCUUCAAAGUUCCUCAUCCCAUGAACAUAAAGACCCCAAAGCAACACCCCCAUGAAAGGUCUGUGGAAAGCAUUAUUUAUAUCUAUAUGUUAAUUCUACCUGUCUGCCUAGUAGGGGCCCUUCUCUGCACUUGCUCUUAUUUGGCUGUUCCUUCCCUAUCCAAGUCCAUUCUUCCCUGUGUAGACAGUUGAGUCACCUAGUCUUACAUAGUGCCUGGUUGCUGCCUCUGACCUUUCCAGCUCGUUACCCUUGGCUUUAGUGCAACCAAUAAAUCUGUAGUGACCUUCUUACCAGGAUCCCUGCCAUCCUAUAGAAAGAUAGGGCUAGGGUAAGUACGAUGAAUGUAUAAGUUAGGGAUCUUUUGGUUUUAAGUCAUAGAAAACCUAACUCAAACUGACUUAAAACAAAAAGGAUUUAUUGGUUCAUGAAACUACAAAGUCCAGAGGUAGUGCUGGCUCCGUGACGCUUAAUCCAGUGGCUGAGUAUGUCUCUAAAUAGCUGAUUGAGUGUUUUGCUCACUGCUCCACCUUCUGUAGGAUCAACUUAAACCUGGGGCACCUCACGGCUAGCAGCAUGCCUAAGAUGACAUGUUUUCGCGUUUAUGUCCAGAGAGGACAUCUUUGUGACAGUAAUGCAAGCAAAAAGCCUUGAGAUUCGCUCUGAAUAGGCCAGCCAGGGUCACAUGUCCACCCUGAGCAAUCACUGUAGCCAGAGGAUGGUAUAUGCUAAUUUGUAUGCUAAUUCUACAUCAUGGACUACAUCUUUGGGGAAAAGGUGGGAUCAGCCUCCACAAUCUCAUAGGUUCUCCAGAUGAGACCUUGGAGGGAGCUGCUGGGCAGGGAACUGACACUCUGCUGCUACUAUGAAGUCCAUGUAGUUUUGGUGCACUAGGUUGAGAUCAGCUGUUUUCCUUUUUUCCUCAGUUUUGCAUUUACUGCAGCUCUCUCUUGUUCUAGUCUCAGAGGAAGGAAUGGGAAGUCACUCUCCUUUGGGAACUUUCUCUUCACUCUCAUUUAGAUGGCAAUCCCUCUUUUCCCUCCAUUUCUGUCUAAGAGAUGGAGCUCCUUCCUUUUCCUGUUUCUGAGCUUUUGUUUUCUCCUCCUCCCUUCCCUAUCCACCACCCUGCUGCCUCUUGGACCAACCAGAGUGAAAAAUUUACUUCCUAGUCAUUUCACUAAGUUCAUUCUGUAUCUCUCCACCAGGUGUCAGUCUCUUGUUACAUAUAUAGAGAGAGACUUAGCCAGGACUAUGAAGUUGAGGCUACAUGUGUGGAAGAAGGCAGUUCUGCAUAUCAGAGAUCACCAAAGGGAAGGGAAUCUAGCCACUCUUUGUAUGUCCUUGAGAAAGGCAGUAAACCAACCAAUAUUUGCUGAGGACCUACUUUGUCCUCUAUAUAGGGUAGCUUCUGUCAGGGAAUCUUGGUUCUUCCCAAGAAAUAGAUAUUCUUUCAGGGAAACUUAAUUCAUUUGUUCAUUUAUUUCUAUCACAACAGAUUUUUAAAAAUUAUAAUAUGUAAUAUUUGAUAUCUAAAAAAUAAGUAACAUGAAUAAAUUAUGAAGUAUCAUAGUAAAAUAAGUAUCUAUGACCCAUCACUCAAUUUACAUAUUAAAACAUUAGAAAUACCACUGACUGUGUAUGUCCUGUCCCCUGCCUCUCCUUAGAGGCAACUACUUCCUCGAUUUUGUGUUUAUUAAUUAACUGCUCUACAUGUUUUUAAAAACAUAUGUAUACUUCAAAAAUAUGUUUAGUUUUGCUUGUUUUAACUUUACAAAAAUGUUACACUCUAAUAGCCCCCUGCAAUUUGCUUUUUCCCCCCACUUACCAUUGUUUCUAAGGUUCAUCCAUGUUAUUGUUCACUCAUUUUCACCCGUAUACUAUCCCAUCAAGCGCAUUAACCACAAGUUAUUUAUCCAUACAUCUAUCAAUGAUAUUUGGGCUGUUUCCAAUUUUCUGCUAUUACAAACAAUGCUGCUAUGAACAUUCUUGUACAUGUUAGUGCCUUUGUUUUUAGUAAGAUUUAUAAUGAGGUUUCUAAGAUGGUACUUUUUGGUCUGUAUACCCUCUGAGUUGGGGACUGUUCCCUUGUCUUAUUCUCUGGAAGAAUGUACCCCAGAUUGAAAUGAAUUGUUCCUUGAAAGUUUGGUAAAAUUCACCUAUAAAGC